UGAGGCAUGCACGGGAACCCUGGUACCGGCAGAUCCCAGGAUGCCGGGGGAGUCGGGGCCGGACACCGGCGGUUCUGCGGUGCGGAAGGUCAGCUCUGCGGUGUGGGAUGAGAAGACGGAGAUGGGCAUGCUGAGGUCCCGGCUGGACGAGCAGUCGCAGCUCAUCUGCCUGUUGAAGAGGCGGGCUGACGACGCGCUGCUCCGCUGCCAGGGCCUGGAGCGGGCCGCGCAGGAGCUGGAGAGCCGCAGAGCGGAGGCCGAGGGGCUGCUGGCGGCGGAGAGGCGGCGGGGACAGCAGCUGGAGGAGAGGUUCGGGAUGCUGGCCGCCAACCACCAGGACAUGAUCCGCUUCAAAGACGAGUACAAGCGGCAGAACGAGGAGCUGCGGGCGGAGUGUGAGCGGCUGCGGGACAGCUCGUACCCGGAGCUGCUGGAGAAGGAACGGAGCCUGCGGGACCUGCGGGACCAGCUCCAGGCGGCCGGCGACCAGCGGCGGGCAGAGACAGAAGAGCUGCGGGGCACGGUGGCGGAACUGCGGGGGCACCAGGAGAGGAGCGCCGGGGAGAUCCGCGCCCUGACCCGGAGCCUGCAGCUCUCAGAGGAGACCUGCCACCAAAUACAGAAGAAGUUGUCGCAUUUAGAGGAGGUACAAAAAACUGAGCAAAAAGAAGCGGAAAAGAAGAUGGCAGAAUUAACUAAAGAGAAGCAGGACCUCCUACUCCUCUGCAUGGAGCGAGGGCGUUCCCUACAAGAGCGCCAGAGAGAAGCCGCCGAUGUUACUCACCGCCUGCAGAGUGCAGAGAAGGCGCGGCGGGAGGCAGAAGAGCGCUAUCAGAGAGACGUAGCCGCCGUAGAUGCUGAUGCCAGAAUAGUGGAGCUAAAUUCAAGGCUGGCAGACGGUGAAAACGAGUUGGCACAAGUGAAACGAGAGUUUGAGGCCUACCAAAAGCACAGCAGUGAACUGCUAGCCAAGGAGAGGGAGCUGAACGCCAAACUUAGGCAUCUGAUUGGCUGACGGCCUAUGACAGCACUGUGAAGAUGAAUUGUGCGAUGGGGUGCCCAGUGCAACCAGUGCUUUAAUUUUCCAUCAGCCCAAUUUUAGUUGGUUUGCACUUCCCCUGGGUUUUAUAAAUUGCCCGCGCUGAUUAUACCUGAUUUGCACACGUGCAUGUAUUUCAGUUUAUAUAGUUCCUUAUACGUUUAGAACUUGCCAAAAUUGAUCAUGUAAAGCGUUUUAUAGGAGAGUGUUCACGUGUCACAUUUUGUUUACUU